GCGGGGCGCCGGGAAAGGUCUUGCGGUGACCGGCGGCGGGGCCGGGCCGUGCAUCCCCGCCCGGCAGCAUGAACGGCCAAGUGGUUAAAGCGGCGUCCGAGCGGGACGAGUUCUUGGCCUUCUUCCCGCAGAUCGUCCGUGACCUGACAGAGGGCGGCCUGGGGCACCCGGAGGUGGGGGAUGCCGUGAGCCGGCUGAAGGAGGUGCUGGAGUACAACACGCCAGGCGGAAAACUGAACCGGGGGCUGACGGUGCUUGCCGCUUACCGGCAGCUGGUGAGCCCCGGGCAGUGCGACCCGGAGAGCCUGCGCUGCGCUCUGGCCGUCGGAUGGUGCAUCGAGCUGUUCCAAGCUUUCUUUCUGGUGGCCGACGACAUCAUGGACGCGUCCCUCACCCGCCGGGGGCAGCCCUGCUGGUACAAGAGGGAGGGGGUCGGUCUGGAUGCCAUCAACGAUGCCUUCCUGCUGGAGUCCUCUGUCUACAGGCUGCUGAAGAAGUACUGUGGGGAGAGGCCCUUCUACCUGCAGCUGCUGGAGCUAUUCUUACAGACCUGCUACCAGACUGAGCUUGGGCAGACACUGGACCUCAUCACUGCUCCUGUUUCCAAGGUGGAUUUGAAUCGCUUCAGUGAGCAGAGGUAUAAGGCAAUUGUUAAGUACAAGACAGCGUUUUAUUCCUUCUACCUGCCCGUGGCCUCUGCCAUGUACAUGGCUGGUAUUGACAGCAAGGAGGAGCAUGAGAAUGCCAAAGCAAUCUUGCUGGAGAUGGGAGAGUUCUUUCAGGUCCAGGAUGAUUACCUGGACUGCUUUGGGGACCCCAAGCUGAUGGGGAAGAUUGGCACUGACAUCCAGGACAACAAGUGCAGCUGGCUGGUGGUCGAGUGUCUGCGCCGGGUGACACCAGCCCAGAGGCAGAUCCUGGAGGAGAACUAUGGCUGCAAAGAGCCUGAGAAGGUGGCCAAGGUGAAGGAGCUCUAUGAGACUGUGGGCAUGAGGGCUGCUUUCCAGGAGUACGAGGAGAGCAGCUACCAGCGCCUGCAGGAGCUGAUCAACCAGCACAGCAUCCGCCUCCCCCGGGAGAUCUUCCUCAGCCUCGCUCAGAAGAUUUACAAGCGGCAGAAGUGAGGGGGGGGCUGAAGGUGGAGUCAGCACUGAGGGGUCCCGCGGGGGUUGCUGCCGCCCCCCCCUCCCCUGCUGUGGCUGCCUGAGCUGGUCCCUGCCCUGGCCUGGGGGCCGGGGCUGUGUAGGGGGGCUCUGGGGCUGUGGGGGAGUCGUAGCUCCUGUCCCAGAGUUUGUGAAAAUAAACAUAAAU